CAACUUUACAAAAAAUGAGUGAGAAUAACAGUAACGGCAAGCCCUGUUAACAUUUUAAGAAACAUUGGGUUAACCUAGUGUAGACGUUGUUCUACGCGUUGUUCUGACGAAGCACGCUGCUCAGAUGAAAAGUUCAGUGUGGAAACACAGGUCGACAGAUAUUUCGUUGAGCUCACUGUCCGAGUCUGCCAUCAGUUGUCACCACCACCGCCGCCGCUGCACAACCGAGGACAAAAACAGGCAACUGACAGACUCAGAAUCCUCGAGCGAUCCGUAAUGUCCUCAGUUCUUUCUGGACUGAACUAAAAGGCCGGUGCCAUUAGCAGCAGUUGUCAUCUUUAAAGUUACACAAACACAACAGCGGAGCGCGGUGAGAGCACUCCUGUAACGGAAACCGUGCCAGUCGCUCCGUUUUGUCUAGACGGGAUAAAAUGAUCCGAAGCGAAUGGAUAUUAGGAUCCCUGUCUUGUGCGUUUUAAAUCGGGACUGAGAGUUGCAUAUUUGUCUGUCUCUGCUUGUCCGAGCGUGCGCUGCCGCCAUAUUGAGGAGUCCUGCUGGUGACUGGCUGUUGGGACUGAAUUGUCAAGCUCGGAGCGUUAGACUAGUGGCGUUAGGGGGCUACUGGUGACGCAGGAAAAACACCCAGACAGGAGACAAGAAAUUCAAGGAAGCAGGAGCACUCUAGCAGCCUAAUGCAUGCCCGAAAGUCUUAUUAAAGACACGUUAUUAAUGCCGUGGAUUGUGUAAUCUCGAUAAAAACUGGACUAGUGGUCAUAAGGAAGUCUCAUCUAAUUUCUGGGUAAUGCAAUGGUCACUGCAACUCAGCAUAAGUCUCAGCUGCUGCUCUUCCACUCAGUCACCCUCUGGUUCCACCUUGCUGCCUUCCAGGCAGUGAUUUCCCACCUGACUCCUACCACAUAAGCGGACAAAAUUGCAAAGAUUUGCCCUGUGUCGAGCAUGACUGCCACCACCCGGGGCUCCCCUGUGGGGAGCAGCGACAACCAGGGCCAGAGCCAAGCUCCGGAUGGCCAGAGCCAAACCCUGCUUCCCCAGAACCAGACGCCCUCUCCCAACUCCUCUAAUGAAACGUCUCCGCUGAGUCCACCAGAGGAGCAGGGGCAGAGUGAUGCUCAGCAGGCACAGGAAGAGGAGGAGCCAGCCUUUCCCCACACAGACUUGGCCAAGCUGGAUGACAUGAUCAACCGACCUCGCUGGGUGGUCCCAGUCUUGCCAAAGGGGGAGCUGGAAGUUCUACUUGAAGCUGCUAUAGAUCUUAGUAAAAAAGGGCUUGACGUGAAGUGUGAGGCAUGUCAGAGGUUUUUCCGAGAUGGUCUGACAAUCUCGUUCACGAAAAUACUGACAGAUGAGGCAGUGAGUGGCUGGAAGUUUGAAAUUCAUAGGUGCAUCAUCAAUAACACUCACCGCCUGGUGGAGCUCUGUGUGGUCAAACUGUCUCAAGAUUGGUUUCCUCUGCUUGAGCUACUAGCCAUGGCAACCAACCCUCACUGCAAGUUUCACAUCUACAACGGGACUCGCCCGUCUGAGAGUGUGCCUGCUGGUGCCCAGCUCGCUGAUGAUGAGCUGUUUGCACGUCCACCAGACCCUCGUUCACCUAAGGGCUGGCUGGUGGACCUCAUAAAUAAAUUUGGCACACUGAACGGGUUCCAGAUUCUGCAUGAUCGUUUCAUGAGUGGCCAGGCUCUUAAUGUGCAGAUAAUUGCAGCUCUCAUCAAGCCUUUUGGGCAGUGUUAUGAGUUCUUGACGUUGCACACAGUGAAGAAGUUCUUCUUGCCUGUGAUUGAGAUGGUUCCACAGUUUUUGGAGAACCUCACAGAUGAGGAACUUAAGAAAGAGGCCAAGAAUGAGGCCAAGAAUGAUGCCCUUUCCAUGAUCAUCAAGUCACUGAAGAAUUUGGCGUCUAGAGUACCAGGCCAAGAAGAAACCGUCAAGAAUUUAGAAAUCUUUAGGUUAAAAAUGAUCCUUAGGUUAUUGCAAAUUUCAUCUUUUAAUGGAAAAAUGAAUGCACUAAAUGAAGUGAACAAAGUGAUCUCCAGCGUUUCAUAUUACACCCAUCGCCAUGGAAACCCAGAGGAAGAGGAGUGGCUCACUGCUGAAAGAAUGGCGGAAUGGAUUCAGCAAAAUAACAUUCUGUCGAUUGUGCUGAGAGACAGUCUGCACCAGCCUCAGUAUGUGGAGAAACUAGAGAAGAUACUGCGCUUUGUCAUUAAAGAAAAAGCCCUCACUUUACAGGACCUGGACAACAUCUGGGCUGCUCAGGCUGGUAAGCAUGAGGCCAUUGUGAAGAAUGUCCAUGAUCUGCUGGCAAAGCUGGCUUGGGACUUCUCUCCUGAGCAGCUGGACCAUCUCUUUGAUUGUUUCAAGGCAAGUUGGACGAAUGCGAGCAAGAAGCAGAGGGAAAAGCUGCUGGAGUUGAUCCGCAGACUUGCAGAGGAUGACAAGGAUGGAGUGAUGGCUCACAAGGUGCUCAACCUGUUGUGGAACUUGGCACACAGUGAUGACGUCCCUGUCGACAUCAUGGAUCAGGCCUUGAGUGCCCACAUCAAGAUUUUGGACUACAGCUGUUCUCAGGACCGAGACACACAGAAGAUCCAGUGGAUUGACCGUUUCAUUGAGGAACUACGAACCAAUGAUAAGUGGGUGAUCCCAGCUCUGAAACAGAUCAGAGAGAUCUGUAGCCUGUUUGGAGAAGCCCCUCAGAACCUCAGCCAGACGCAGCGGAGUCCUCACGUGUUUUACCGUCAUGACCUGAUCAACCAGCUGCAGCACAACCAUGCUCUGGUCACCCUGGUUGCAGAGAACCUGUCUGCUUACAUGGAGAACAUGAGACAGUUCUCUAAAGAGCACACAGGCUUCGAUCCUCAGACGGUUCGAGUGGGCAGCCGCUACAGCCAUGUGCAGGAAGUUCAGGAGAGGCUCAACUUCCUGAGGUUUCUGCUGAAGGAUGGGCAGCUGUGGCUGUGCGCUCCUCAGGCUAAGCAGAUCUGGAAGUGCCUGGCAGAGAACGCAGUCUUCCUCUGUGACAGAGAAGCUUGUUUCAAAUGGUACUCUAAACUCAUGGGUGAUGAGCCUGACCUUGAUCCGGACAUCAACAAGGACUUCUUUGAGAACAAUGUGCUACAGCUGGACCCCUCACUUCUGACAGAGAACGGGAUGAAGUGCUUUGAACGCUUCUUUAAAGCAGUGAACUGUAGGGAGGGCAAGCUAGUAGCGAAGCGCAGGGCAUACAUGAUGGACGAUCUAGAACUCAUUGGCCUCGACUACCUCUGGAGGGUUGUGAUUCAAGGGAGUGACGACAUUGCCACUCGUGCAAUAGACUUGCUGAAAGAGAUUUACACCAACCUUGGACCAAAACUACAAGUCAAUCAGGUAGAGAUCCAUGAAGACUUCAUCCAGUCCUGUUUUGACCGUCUGAAGGCCUCGUAUGACACGCUUUGUGUGUUGGAUGGGGACAAGGACAGCAUAAACUGUGCUCGCCAAGAAGCAAUUCGUAUGGUCAGGGUGCUGACUGUGCUUAAAGAAUACAUUAAUGAAUGUGAUAGCGACUAUCAUGAGGAGCGGACCAUUCUUCCCAUGUCUAGGGCGUUUCGUGGGAAGCACAUCACCCUGGUGGUGCGGUUUCCUAACCAGGGCCGGCAGGUGGAUGACCUGGACAUCUGGUCUCACACCAAUGACACGAUUGGCUCUGUGCGUCGCUGCAUCCUCAACCGUAUCAAAGCCAACAGCACACACACCAAAAUCGAGCUUUUUAUUGGAGGAGAGAUUGUGGACCCAGCAGAUGAUCGCAAGCUGAUUGGACAGCUCAACCUUAAAGACAAAACUCUGAUCACAGCGAAACUGACCCAGGUUAGCUCCAACAUGCCCUCUAGUCCUGACAGCUCCUCUGACUCGUCCACGGGGUCACCUGGUAACCAUGGCAAUCACUACAGCGAUGGGCCCAACCCGGAGGUGGAGAGUUGCCUACCUGGAGUGAUCAUGUCGCUGCACCUGCGGUACAUCUCAUUCCUCUGGCAAGUUGCUGAUUUGGGCUGCACUUUAAACAUGCCUCUGUUACGGGAUGGGGCCAGGGUCCUUAUGAAGCUCAUACCUCCAGAUAACACUACAGUGGAGAACCUGCGAGCGAUUUGUCUGGAUCACGCCAAGCUGGGAGAGAACAGCCUUAGCCCCACGCUAGACUCCCGAUUCUUCGGACCCUCCCCGUCACAAGUGCUCUACCUCACUGAGGUUGUGUAUGCUCUUCUGAUGCCAGCCAGUGGCACUCUAGGAGAAGAUGCCAGUGACUUCCAGUACAACUUCCUGAAGAGUGGAGGUCUCCCUCUAGUACUCGGCAUGCUUACAAGGAACAACUUUCUGCCAAAUGCUGACAUGGAGACGCGCCGUGGAGCCUACCUGAACGCCCUGAAGAUCGCUAAGCUCCUGCUGACUGCCAUUGGCUUUGGGCAUGUUAAAGCAGUGGCAGAGGCGUGCCAACCUGUGGUAGAGGGAACCAACCCUGCAUCGCCAAUAAAUCAGGCAACUCAUGACCAAGCUUUGGUGCUUCAAAAUGCUCUCCAGAACAUUCCCAACCCUGCCUCCGAGUGCAUGCUGCGCAAUGUAGCUAUUCGACUGGCCCAGCAGAUCUCAGAUGAGAAUUUCUUCCAGGCUUCAAAGUACAUCCCAGACAUCUGUGUAAUACGGGCAGUACAGAAGAUUGUGUGGGCGUCAGGCUGUGGAAGCGUUCAGCUGGUCUUCAGCUCCAAUGAGGAGAUCAGCAAGAUCUAUGAGAAGACUAAUGCAGGUAAUGAGCCGGAUGCAGAGGACGAGCAGGUGUGCUGUGAGGCUCUGGAGGCCAUGACGCUGUGCUUCGCUCUCAUGCCCACAGCCUUGGACACACUCAGCAAGGAAAAGGCUUGGCAGACUUUCAUCAUUGACCUGCUUUUGCACUGCCAGAGCAAGUUGGUCCGUCAGAUGGCUCAGGAGCAGUUUUUCCUCAUGGCCACCAGGUGUUGCAUGGGCCACCGACCUCUUCUCUUUUUCAUUACCCUGCUCUUUACUGUUCUGGGAAGCACUGCAAAGGAAAGAGCAAAGCAUGCAGGUGAUUACUUUACCCUUUUGAGGCACUUACUCAACUAUGCAUACAACAGCAACAUCAACCUGCCCAACGCUGAGGUCCUGCUCAACAAUGAGAUUGACUGGCUGAAGAGAAUCAGGGAUGAGGUGAAGAGAACAGGGGAGACUGGGGUGGAAGAGACUAUUCUAGAAGGUCACCUGGGGGUCACCAAGGAACUAUUGGCUUUCCAAUCCCCUGAGAAGAAAUUCUGCAUUGGCUGUGAGAAGGGUGGAGCAAACCUCAUCAAGGAGCUGAUAGAUGAUUUCAUCUUCCCAGCAUCUAAUGUUUACCUGCAGUAUGUGAAGACUGGGGAGUUCCCUGCCGAACAGGCAAUCCCAGUGUGCAGUAGUCCUGCUACAAUCAAUGCUGGCUUUGAGCUGCUUGUGGCCCUUGCUGUGGGAUGUGUACGCAAUUUGAAGCAGAUUGUGGACACGCUCACAGAAAUGUACUACCAAGGUUGUGAGGCUCUUACAGAGUGGGAGUACCUCCCACCUGUUGGGCCGCGACCCACUAAAGGAUUUGUAGGCCUGAAGAACGCAGGAGCCACGUGCUACAUGAACUCAGUGAUCCAGCAGUUGUACAUGAUCCCCCCAAUCCGAAAUGGCAUUCUGGCCAUUGAGGGCACUGGCAGUGAUGUGGAUGAUGAUAUGUCUGGAGACGAAAAGCAGGAUAGCGAGAGUAAUGUGGACCCAAGGGAUGAAGUGUUCAGUUAUCACCACCAGUUUGAUGACAAGCCCUCUCUCAAUAAGGCUGAGGACCGCAAGGAGUACAACAUUGGAGUGCUGCGCCACCUGCAGGUCAUCUUUGGCCAUCUUGCUGCAUCCCAACUGCAGUAUUAUGUACCCAGAGGCUUCUGGAAGCAGUUCAGGUUAUGGGGGGAACCAGUCAAUUUGAGGGAACAACACGAUGCCCUUGAGUUUUUUAACUCUCUCGUGGACAGCCUGGACGAGGCACUGAAGGCUCUUGGCCAUCCCAGCAUGCUUAGCAGAGUCCUGGGUGGCUCAUUUGCAGACCAGAAGAUCUGCCAGGGAUGUCCUCACAGGUAUGAGUGUGAAGAGUCCUUCACCACAUUGAAUGUAGACAUCAGGAACCAUCAGAACCUCCUAGACUCCAUGGAACAGUAUGUCAAAGGGGACUUGCUGGAAGGAGCCAAUGCUUACCACUGUGAAAAAUGCAACAAGAAGGUUGAUACAGUGAAACGCCUCUUGAUUAAGAAGCUUCCCCCAGUACUGGCCAUCCAGCUCAAACGUUUCGACUACGACUGGGAACGUGAGUGUGCCAUAAAGUUCAAUGACUACUUCGAGUUCCCACGUGAACUCGACAUGGAGCCAUACACAGUGGCGGGUGUCGCUAAGCUGGAGGGUGACGAGCUGUCUCCGGAGAGUCAGGUCAUCCAUCAGAACCCACCUUUAGAGUCGGAGUCAGGCAGAAGCUCCCGUUAUCGGCUGGUGGGUGUGUUGGUGCACUCAGGCCAAGCUAGCGGUGGACACUACUACUCCUACAUUGUCCAACGGCAUGGCGAUGGAAGUGAUGGCCAGCGGGAUCGCUGGUACAAGUUCGAUGAUGGCGACGUCACUGAGUGCAAAAUGGAUGAUGACGAGGAGAUGAAGAACCAGUGCUUCGGUGGAGAGUACAUGGGCGAAGUGUUUGACCACAUGAUGAAGCGCAUGUCGUACCGCCGGCAGAAGCGCUGGUGGAAUGCUUACAUACUUUUCUAUGAGCGCAUGGACACAGCUGGGGGCGACAGCGAGCUGUUAAAGUAUAUAGCUGAGCUAACGCUUACACCGAAGCCUCACCAGCUCAAAAUGCCCUCAGCUAUCGAGUGCAGUGUGCGCAAGCAGAAUGUACAGUUCAUGCACAGCCGCAUGCAGUACAGCCUAGAGUACUUCCAGUUCAUCAAAAAAUUACUGACCUGCAAUAGUGUGUACCUGAACCCUCCUCCAGGUCAAGAUCACCUACUACCUGAAGCUGAAGAAAUAGCAAUGAUUAGUAUUCAGCUUGCUGCUAGAUUCCUGUUCAGCACAGGAUUCCACACAAAGAAAGUAGUCCGAGGACCUGCUAGUGACUGGUACGAUGCCCUGUGCAUCUUAUUGCGUCACAGCAAGAAUGUCCGCAGCUGGUUUGCACACAACGUCCUCUUUGCCUUCCCCACACGGUUCUCUGAGUAUUUAUUGGAGUGUCCAAGCGCUGAGGUCCGAGGAGCCUUCUCCAAACUCAUAGUGUUCAUUGCACACUUUUCGCUACAGGAUGGACCAUGCCCCGCUCCUGUUACCUCACCAGGGUCCUCCACGCAGACCUGUGACAAUCUGACCCUGAGUGAUCACCUGUUGCGAGCAGUACUUAACCUGCUGAGGAGGGAAGUGUCUGAGCAUGGACGUCACCUUCAGCAGUACUUCAACCUCUUUGUCAUGUAUGCCAACCUGGGUUUGGCAGAGAAGACGCAGCUGUUGAAGUUGAGUGUUCCAGCUACAUUCAUGUUGGUCGCUCUGGAUGAGGGUCCUGGUCCCCCCAUUAAGUACCAGUAUGCAGAGCUUGGCAAGCUGUACACAGUUGUGUCUCAGCUGGUCCGAUGUUGUGAUGUGUCAUCGCGCAUGCAGUCCUCAAUUAACGGUAAUCCAGCUCUUCCGAACCCUUAUGGUGACUCCAACCUCACGGCCCCCAUAAUGCCUCUUCAGCAGCUGGUGGCAGAAAUACUUUUCGUGCGCACAAGCUAUGUGAAGAAGAUCAUUGAGGACUGCAGUAACUCUGAGGAGACAGUCAAACUGCUGCGUUUCUGCUGCUGGGAGAACCCUCAGUUCUCUUCCACCGUACUCAGUGAACUUCUGUGGCAGGUGGCAUACUCCUAUACUUAUGAGCUGAGGCCUUAUCUGGACCUCCUACUCCAGAUCCUGCUGAUUGAGGACUCAUGGCAGACGCAUAGGAUCCACAAUGUGCUCAAGGGAAUUCCUGAUGACCGGGAUGGCCUGUUUGAUACCAUCCAGCGCUCCAAGAAUCACUAUCAGAAGAGGGCUUAUCAAUGCAUCAAAUGCAUGGUGGCUCUCUUCAGCAACUGCUCUGUGGCAUACCAGAUCCUACAGAGUAAUGGGGACUUGAAAAGAAAAUGGACAUGGGCAGUGGAGUGGCUGGGCGAUGAGCUGGAGAGGAGGCCAUACACAGGAAACCCUCAGUAUAGCUACAACAACUGGUCUCCUCCAGUACAGAGUAAUGAAACCUCUAACGGCUACUUUCUAGAACGAUCUCACAGUGCCAGGAUGACGUUGGCUAAGGCCUGCGAACUCUGUCCUGAGGAGGAGCCUGAUGAUCAGGAAGCUCCAGAUGACCAUGAUUCUUCCCCUCCAGAGGACACAGCACUCUACCCCCACUCACCUGGGACACAGUAUCAACAGCCAAACAACCACCCCCAUGGGCAACCUUACACAGGCCCAGCUGCCCAGCACAUGAACAACCCUCAGCGCCCCCCCCAGAGGCCUCAGGAGAGCUGGGAGGGCACAGAGGAGGUGCCCCCUGUUCAGACGAAAGAGUAGCCAACCGCCCCAAGCCUUGCCUCUCAACCCUGUCCCGACUUCGUCUGACUGACGGCUUUGUUGGGGCAUGCCCAGGCCUUACAAGCACCUGCCACCGUUUCUCCAGGACAGAACAACCUCCACGCUCCCUCUUAAACCACCUCUACUCAAGUUGUUCAACUUACUCCUUCCUGCCCAGCUGUAACAGUUACCACCCCUUCCUUUUUUUUUCCUUCUCAUGUCUAACUUCCGCCUGUCUCUGUGUCGCAGGAUUCAGCUGAUUGAGUGUGAUAAAACUGGAGUGGAUUUGAGUCUCAACACUGACUGCCCUGCUGAGCUCGGUGCACAAACACAUGCACACAUAAACAUGCUGCCUAUGUACAGCACUUUGUGUAAAGAAGGAUAGCCUGUGGGGUGAUUGUGUGCAGUAAUGGGGAUGGUGUACAUAGUGUGUAUACAUUUUGGACCACUAAGUAACCACCAACUGUAACAGCAACUGCCAAAUUUUCUGAUGGUGUCCAGGACUUGAUCAUCUACAAGAUCUUUAAACAGUUGGAUUACAAAAUGUUAAUAUAAAGGGGAGGGGGACUGCAGACAAGACUUGACACUGAACGUGGGGGAGGAGGUUGUGUUUUCAUGCUUCAGAUGGCAAGAAGAUUACCUCUGCUUGGUCUUGAUGGACACUGGUCUGACUGCAUUAAGACUAAUAAAAUCUGAUGCCCUUCAAUGACUCUUUGCGGGGACUUUGGCUGGACUUUGGUGUCAAUAUGAGGGUUUGGAACAUGGGCAGAUCUAAAAGCACUUCUCUGCAUUUUUUUUCCACCAAUCUUUUUGAUAUCACUGGGGUAACUUUGGCUGGCUUAGAGUUUGAAGUAUGCCACAGAACGCUUCUCUGGGUUUGAUCUUGAACACUGCUGCUGUCGUGCUACUACAGCCCUCUUCUUUUUCUCCUGCCGCCACUUUCACCUCUAACAUAACGUAGGCCUCAUUAGCGGCCAUUGUGACUGCUCAGCUGCACAAUAUCUCCACGGUCCCCGUUUGUCUUUCACUCCAAUAAGUGAACAUUUAAACUAAUAGUGAAGGGUAGCACUUUGGCAGUUGAAUAAAAGGAAAGAUCACUUUUCAGCUUGGAUUCGUCUAGUUGUGACUCAACCCCUAGGACAUGUGCCACUUCCCCAGUCGCUGUACAGUCAGAGCCCCCGGCCACCUACCUGUAAUACUGUGUCCAAGGAGAUUCUGUCAGGGUUGGAGAGUUAGUUUCAGCGUGAUGCUUUGUGACUAGCAUUCUGUGGGAUUUGUCAGCGUCAGAACAUACUGUACUGCAUUUAUUUCAUGAAUUUGUGGAUUUCUUUUAUGCUUUUGUCUAAAAUACCAAAAAAAACCUUGCAAAAGAUGAAUCAAGUCCACAAUAUUAUAUAUAGCUGUUUUCUUUUAUAGAUGUUAUUUUGCUGAAUUUGCAAAGACAGUGUUUGAUUUAAAAGGAAAAAAUGUCUGUUAUUUUUACGAGGAGAUAUUUACUGUACAGAAAAGUCGUGCUCCCUUCUCUGGCCAGCUUUUGAUUUGCUGAUGGCGUGAGGUUGAUUCUGGAGCUAUAGUAGCCAUGUUUCACUUGAAGGUUUCUUUCUCUGCACAAAAAGUACAAUAACAAGCUCAUUGCUCUACAAGUAAAAAUAAACAUGUAAAUGCAGUGCGAACUUUAUUAGCUUUCUAAUGUUUCAUUUGUGGUACAUUUUGUAAAUAUCUAAUGCACGCAAAAAGUAAAAUGAAAAAAAAACAUGCAUAAAUACGGCAAAAUGUCUCAUGGUUGUGAAAUAAGUUGUCUCCUGGUGGAUUUUUCCUCAGUAGACUGCAUCACAUUGUCUGGAGUUCUGUAGAAAAUACAUGGAUUUGCUGGAGGCUGCCCUAAAACGUCUGCCCAAACCAAACCAGUGACCUAUAGACUUGGCGUCAUAGCCUGACACCCAACUACAGAAUCUCAGCAGAUCUUUGGUAACACAGGGCGCCGUAAUGCUUCACAAGGUUUCCGCCAACUUGUCAGGGAGUGGCAGGAAGCCAUAUGGACCCAGCGGAUUGGUGAUUCCCUUCUCGCCCACCUUAAACAAGCACUACAGAUCAUCAUACUCUCAGCCCAUCUGUUAAGAAUGCUUCCUCCUCCUAGGCUGAGAGGUCUCACAAUGUUAAACUUCUUUUUAUUUUUAUUUUGGCUUUUGUCACCCCUUUUUUUCUGUAAAUGUUAUUGAGGAUCAGAUUUGCCUUCUGAUUUGUUUUUUGGGUUUAAUUUUGAAUUCUUCUGAAGCUCUUUUUGUGAAACGUGCAUGGAUAAUAUUCCUUGAUCUGCCUUAGAGCACUGUACAAACCCAGCACACUGUAAAAUUAUACUUUAAAAGUAAAAAAAUAAAAAUAAAUGGCAUUUAAAUUA